AUGCGCUACUCACUUCUCAUCGCUGCCGCUUUACCUCUCGUUCAGGGCGUUCGCAUUGUCCAGAGCAACGAUGAUGGCUGGGCUGAGAUUAACCUGCGGACGUUCUUCAAUGUUCUGAACUCUGCUGGCCACCAAGUGGUUCUAUCUGCUCCAGCUGAGAACCAAUCAGGCAAAGGUUCAUCUGAUGCGACGCCUGAAAUCGUCGACUCUGACGGCUGCAUCCACGCUUCCUGCCCUGGCGGCAGCCCGGCCACCGGGUUCAACGCCUCAGACCCACGCCUCAACUACGUAAACUCAUACCCCGUAACCUCUAUCAAGACCGGCAUCUCAACCACUGCACCGAAGCUUUGGUCCGGCGCUGCUCCUGAACUAGCCCUCACGGGUCCUAAUGUCGGUGGUAAUGUGGGCGUCCAAGUUCCCUUCUCCGGUACCGUCGGCGCAGCCACGUACGCCGCGAAGACCGCAAAGAUCCCUGCCAUUGCAUUUAGCGGCCAGACAGGCGAUCCUACGGCUUGGGACCAGCCUACACCUCUGUAUAGCAAGAUCUAUGCUGAUCUGGCACUCAACAUCACAACUACCAUCAUCAAUUCUGGAAAGCCGUACCUCCCAGACAACACAUGGCUGAACGUCAACUUCCCGGCUGUGUCGAGCACAAAGUGCAACAACGUGAACCAGUUCAAGUUUAUUUUCACUCGUGUCAAUACCGGUCUUGUUGGUAGUGCUCCCGAUAUUACUGUUUGCGGAACCACGGCGAGGCUGCCAUGGGAGGCGGACGUCGCGGUCAUCAGGGGAAACAACUGCUACGUCUCUAUCUCGCCCGGUGAUGCGAACGAUAAGACGACUGCAGCAGCCGCUCAGCAGCAGAUCAUCUACGACAAGCUGAAGUCGAUUUUGUCGUGCUUGUCGUAG